UCUGGGGGAGGAUUAUGACUUUGUAUCUGAUCACAUUAAGUCUGAAUUGUCAAUUGCCAUUCAAGAGGAGAUAUCAAGUGGACAGUUGAAUAUAUGAACAUGGAGUUCAGGGGAAAAGAUCCAGCCUACAUAUGUAGAAUAAGCAUAUUGUUGAUAUUUAAACUGUCACAGGACAAGAUCACCAAGAAAGUUGAGAUUUGAGUUCUGGAGCACUUCGAUGUUUACAGGGAGUAGAAACGAGAAAGAAUUGAUGGAGAACUGAUCACUAGGUUUUACACCACUGGCAUAUUGAAAUCUCAACAAUGGUGGCGAGAGUGAAAGCUUUUUUGGAGUAGACUCCAGAGAGAAUUGGAUAGACAGAUUUGAAGAUGACAUGUACAGAGCCUUCCUCCAGCCUUGCCACAAGUGUCAACAAGCAAGUAGAGGAAGUUCUCCACCAGAGGUGCUCAGAAUGCCGGAGAGAGGACCAGGAUGCAGAGGCAGCCACGACCCGUCCCUGGUCUUUGCUGUCACUGUUAUUGGGAUCACUGUGCUCCUGCUUGCCCUGAAGAGCAAGAACGUGGUGAAGAGUCGUCACAUCACCUUACAGAACUCUGAUACCAAGUACCCGCUGCCUUUGAUUGAGAAAGAGCAAAUCAGCCACAACACUCGGAGGUUUCGCUUUGGACUGCCCUCCCUGGACCAUGCCUUAGGGCUUCCUGUAGGUAACUAUGUUCAUCUCUUGGCCAAAAUUGACGGUGUUGUGGUGGUCAGGGCUUACACGCCUGUGUCCAGUGAUGAUGACCUAGGCUUUGUGGACUUAAUCAUCAAGAUCUACUUCAAAAAUGUACAUCCUAAUCACCCAGAAGGGGGGAAGAUGACUCAGUACUUGGAGAACAUGAAAAUUGGGGACACCAUCCUUUUUCAAGGGCCAUCUGGGUGCCUGUUCUAUCAUGGGUCAGGGAAGUUUGUAUUCAAACCAUACAAAACGAGUGAGUCUGAAACUAAACUGGUGCAUCACCUGGGAAUGAUUGCUGGGGGCACAGGGAUCACACCCAUGCUGCAGCUCAUCCGCUGCAUCACCAGGAAGCCCAGUGACAAGACCAUGAUGUCCCUCAUCUUCGCCAACCAGACAGAGGAGGAUAUCUUGAUGAGAAGGGAGCUUGAAGAAGUUGCUAGAACUCAUCCAACGCAGUUCGGCCUGUGGUACACACUGGACAGGCCUCCUGCUGACUGGAAGUACAGCUCCGGCUUCAUUACCGAGGACAUGAUCAAGGAGCACCUCCCUCCCCCUGGGAAGUCCACGCUCAUCCUGGUGUGUGGCCCACCACCCCUGAUCCAGACAGCUGCGCACCCUAACCUGAAGAAACUGGGUUAUACCAAGGACAUGAUUUUCACCUACUAAAGCCUCUCUUGCUCUUUCCAAA